AUGGCCCUUCUCAACGUUUCUGAUUCAUGGAUCAUCAUCUCGGCCACGUCGAAGCUCUUCUUUCUUCAACGAAAAGGAAAAGAUUUGGAAACGACUUCACAUAAGAUAAUCGAUGUGACGGAGGUAUCAACGAGUCUCCCAUUUGUGCGUACCACCUACGAGUUGGAGGAAAACGUUCGAACGAAUCAGGGGGAGAAAAUUGAGAUGUGUUGUUCAGCGAUUUCUCGAGACGGACAACUCUUUGCUGUGGCGAUUUCGUCGAAGAUUUGUCUGAUAUACUCCCUGUCUUCAUCGAUUGAAAUGAAGCGAGCAUUCCGAGUGCCAAAAGCCCCAUCAGUAAUCACUUUUGAUCCACAAGGAGAACAUUUGAUAGUCGGUGAUCGGGCGGGAAACGUGACAAUGUACGGAGUUAGCGAAGCAAUCUUUUCCGAUGACAAGUUGGAUAUCAACGGUGAAAAGACGAAUUUCGAGGGAAUUCCGCUAACGGGUGGGAUCACAAUGAUGCUCGAUGUGGCUUUUGAUGAAAUCGGUCGACGGAUGAUCACCGCGGAUCGAGAUGAAAAGAUUCGAAUCAGCAGAUACCCCGAUUCCUUUGUGAUUGAAGCGUACGCGUUGGGUCAUGAAGAGUACGUAAAGACUUUGGCUAUUUACAAGAACUAUGUGAUCAGCGGAGGUGGCGAUUGUCGCGUUCACAUUCACGAUUUCGACACCGGGAAGACUGUCGCCGUUUCUGAGCGAUUGCACGACAAGAAGCCGAUCUCACAGUUACAAGUUGUAGAAAAUAAUGGAAAACUCAAUGUAUGGAGUUCUUUGGAAGACGAUUCGACGCUCACCUCGAUCGCAUUUGAUCAAAUCUUUCAACAAGCAGAACAAGUCAAAUUUGACGCACCACUGAUGGGAUUCUAUGUUGAUGAGAAAACGAGACAAAUUUAUGGAUUAAAUACAAACGGUUUAUCCGUGCAUUCGUUCGACGGAGAGUCUCACCAGUUGGCCAUUGAUUCAAACGUUCUCGAGGCGAUUCGAUUGGCAAAAAAUCCCGAUAUAAACUACUUCAAGAAUGUCACGCAUCAGAAUGUCGACGAGUACAAGAAGAGAAAAGCCGCGAAAUUUGCUGAGGUGGAGGCAAAAAAAGGAAAACGACAACAGUCAUUGGCAUCUCAAAAU